GUUGUUUUGUAACAGCUGAUUGACAGUUGGUGUUUAGCAAAGGAGAACUGGGAAACACUUUAAUUUUUAUUAAUGAUUUUUUACCUAUGUAGCACAGAACAUUAUUAAAAUAAUGUUGGUGUAACUUGGAAAAAUUGUUUCUCCAGCAAUAAACUUCAUUGUAAUUAUGCAGUUUGAAUACAUCUAAUAAUGGAUUUUGUUGUAAGCUGCUGAUGCUAAUGGACUUUAUGAAUGAAGUAGGUGUAUCCAGGUCAGUGGGCCAAUUUAAUAAGAAACUGUAGUACAUCAGAAUCAACAGACUUGGAUUAUAGAUACUCAGUUUGCUUCCUGUGAAAAAACUUUGUGAUUCUAAAUUUAGACAAAAAACAUUUCCUGCAUAUAAUUGUUUAGCUCAUUAAUUUUAUUUUAGAUUGUAGUUACAUUAUUCACUAUUAUAUAUUCUCAAGACACUUUGAAUUGUGACUUCAUAAUUGUUCAGAAGUUGAACAUAUGACACAGAUAGGAUUAUCAUUUUAUGAUGAGCAUUCAGUUUGACAGUUCAAGGUUUAUGAGAGAUACACCGAUCUCUCCAUUCUAUUCUCAUCCUCCCCAUCUUCCGACUUUGUUUCAUCCUGAUAUAUACAGCCAUAUGACCAGAUUUGACGAAGAUCUGUGGAAUUCAAGACUUGCCGAGAGAAAAAUCAUGGAACGAUACCAAGAAGACAAGUAUUUCCAGAGAAUAUCUCCUCCAAAACAAAUGUCAGAGGAAAUUAGACCUGCAGAAAUUGACUUGACAACUACAGGACACAGGAAUCAGGUGGAGGACUACAGUCGUCACAGUCCACGCUAUUACUACAACAGUCUAGGAGAGAAAGAAAGGGAAAGUGAAACAGAUUAUUCCCAUAAGUCUCACUCUGUGUCACCUCCAGGAUUGGAUGAAAGACUGAGGAAAAGUUCGUACUAUACAUCUUCAGUACAGAGCAAUGGCAUAAUGGAUAAAACUGAACAUCAAGGAGCAAUCAACUUAACAUCAGUUCGUGAAAGUACAGAAAGUUUGCAAAAUGGCGAAAUUCUGAGAAAUGGUGACAUGACAGAAGAAUCUCAGGAAACUGGGCAAAAAUCUCCCCAUGAUCAACCAGUUGCAGCAAAAAGAAAGGUCAAGUCAAACAGUGCCAUAGAAACAGGAAUUGGAAUGGGAGGAAUACUUGGACAACAGAUGGCAAUGGCUGCUCAGCAUGGUCUGACGGCACAACAGCUUCAGCAAUUUUUACAGCAACAAACAACUCCUGCUAUUAACCCAACUCAAAUUCAACAGUUGAUGCAACAUCAGUCAAUGGUUAUGCAACAUCAGCAACAGCAAAAACUCCAAGAGCAAGUUCUUCAAGAACUCAAUGAACAGUUACAAAUGAACAUGUUACAACAGUCAAAGCUCAUGCAGCAACCAGACAAAGUGAAAAACAGCAAAUCACAACAACAGCUGACUCAGUUGGCAGUGCAACAACAACAGCUUGUACAACAGAUACAACAAAUACAGUUACAACAAAGACAGUUCUUGUUAGCAUGUCUAGCCCAGCCUUUUGUUGGUGUCAGCCAAGGGAUGAUGUCUCCUGUUGAGAUUCAGCAAUUAUGGAAAGAAGUGGCAGCACAGUCUGGUCUACAAGAUGAGUCCAAAGCUCACUUUAAUGGUCUCAACUCCACACGAUCUCAAACCCCUACUUCUCAGGCACUGCCCACGUGGACCAAUGGUGUGGCUAACCACCUGUCUCAACACAAUAUCUCAGGUCAACCAAGUCGCCCUCAACCAGAAGAGGAAGAUGAUGAACCAAAAUUUACAACAUUAUACAGACAGGGACUGUGUAAAUGGCCAGGUUGUGAUAUUCAGUGUGAAAAUUACAAAGUAUUUUUCAGACAUAUCAAUGAAGACCACCAUCUUGAUGAUAGAAGUACAGCUCAAGCAAGAGUACAGAUGCAAGUUGUUAGUCAACUGGAAAUACAGUUAACAAGAGAAAAAGAGCUCUUACAAGAAAUGAUGAGACAUCUUCAUAUGAAACCAAAUGAUAAAAAUAGCACUGUGGCUGAAGUUCAGAAGCCGAGGGCUCCAGUAAUUAUCAGCACAGCAGCAACAGAAAUGCCUACAUCUCCACAAUCAACAUCGACACUUUCAAGCUUAUCAGUGCCAAGCCCUCCAAAGAUGACAUCAGUGAUAACGAGUCCAACAAAGAUCCUACCUAGUUUACACAUGUCUGCAUCAGCACCACCUACUCCAGUGUCAUUGGUAUCCCACCCAAUCUCAUUGCCGAUCGUGAUCCCUCCACAGCUGGGACAUACAUCGAUAUCAAAACCGCCCACUCCUCAGUCCCAUUCCAUGUCACAGCCUUCUACUCCUACCAGUAUUGGUCCAAUGAGACGACGAGUGUCAGAUAAAUGUAAUUUACCAAUAUCAGCAGAAAUCCAAAGAAACCGAGAAUUUUACAAGAAUACAGAUGUCCGCCCACCUUUUACAUAUGCCUCUUUAAUAAGACAGGCUAUUAUAGAAUCUCAACAUAAACAGCUGACGUUAAAUGAAAUCUAUCAGUGGUUCCAAAAUACAUUUUCAUAUUUUAGACGAAAUGAAGCCACAUGGAAGAAUGCUGUUCGACAUAAUCUUAGCCUUCACAAAUGUUUUAUGAGAGUUGAGAAUGUUAAAGGAGCAGUUUGGACUGUUGAUGAAAUAGAAUUCUACAAGAGACGGCCUCAAAAAUUGGGAGGGAGUAUGGGAAUGAGAGAGAUACCAAGUCCUGGAUCUGAUCCUUCAGUUUUUGGAGAUAGUCUAAAUGCAAGUCUUAGGGCAGCAAUAGAGCAAGCUAAUAUUCAUUUUAUGAACAAUCAGAAUUAUUCCAAUGGUGAAUCAUCAUUAGACGGAGCUGAAGAUCUUUCUAUGAAGUCAAACAGAAAUGACAGUUCAGAAAGCCUUUCAAAAUUUGAUUUUCCUUCUAGGGAAGAAUAUCAAAUGAUGAUGAAAGAAGAGGCUCAAGAUGAUGCUUACAAUGAAAAUGACAAUGAAGGUCAUCUGGGUGAUGGGAUUCAUAAAGAUGAAGAUAUGAUUGACAGUGAAAUAGACAGUAUCUCACAAGAAAUGAUUGAAGUGAAAACUGAGGAUCAGACUUCUGUGCACUCUCCGAAAGACACAUCACAUGUACCUACAAAUCAUGAAAUAUUUUCAAGUUUGCUUCAGAAGGCACAAGAUUCAAUGUCAGCAGCUUCAAGUCAUAUAGCAUCUUAGAGAACAGGACCGUAACAGUUGUAAAAAAUUAUUAUUGAUAGGAACAAUCUAUUGUAGUAAAUGUUCUGCUUUAAUUUAGUACAUAAACAAGAAAGUGAUCGAAGAUUUUUUAAGACUUUUUUUGUUUUAACUAGAUUUGAUUUACAAUGUCAGCCUUAUACACAAGGGGGACAACUCUCAAUUAUAAAAAAGGAAAUCUGAAGGUUGUAAAAAUCUAAACUGAAUAGGACAUCUUUUGUAAAAAGUGUCAGGAAAGUUUUAAUCAAAAAAUGUUUUGUUAAGAACUUCUAUUAUUCUAGUGCUUUACAUGUUGUGUUUGUAUGUUGUUGUUAUUUUUAGAGCUUUUAAUUGUUAACUUGUUUUGGACCAUUCAGAUGACAUGCGGAUUUGAAGUGUUACAAUUUUGAUUUUAAUUAGCAGAUAUUUAGAUCUGGAAAUCAUAGCUUAUAGGGCAGUUUUAAUUUAAAAACAGAAUGCAGUGCUUCAUAUGCAUAAUUUUAAUGUAUAAAAUUUUACCACAGUCAAGUGCAUCAAGCAUUGUAGAUUUCAUAUAAAUUUGUUUUAAAAGUUUUGUUUGAUGUGCAAUAAUAGGCAAUACAACACAGCUUCAACGAAGAGCUAUGUUUGAGAAAAUAUAACUGGAGUUAGUGCUUAACUACAUAUUGUACAUUUCAAUCAGAAGCAUUUUUUUUAUUAUUAAAGGACCAUCGUAUAUUCUGAGUAUUUUUUAAAAUAUUAAUCUUGUUGACAAUGUCUGUAGACAGAAAAAUAAGAUGUGUGUUAUCAUCAGAUAAUUAUUCAGUUAAUAUUAUCACCAAUGUAAAAAAUCAUUCAUCAAUUCAUACAGUCGGAAGGACCAAAAAACUGUUUGUUAGUUCUAUUUUAUAUUUAUACUGAAUAUUUUAUUAGGUUGUUUUAAUUAUCCCUUGCAACAUGUUAUUGAGAAGUAAAAUAGUUGUGAAAUAUUAUUUCAAAAUAUCUGAUUACUCACCAGUUAAAACAAAUACAAAAUUAGAUUUAACUUCACAGAAAUAUUAAGACCCAUGGUAGUUUAUAGGGAUUCGUUGAUUUAUAUUAGUUGCAAAAAAACAUUCUUUCUUAAAGUAUUGUUAUAAAUACUUCCAUAAAAUCUUAUUAGUUAUUUAGCAUUAUAUUUUUUAGUUUUUCUGUAUGUCAUUUUUUUGUGAAAUUGGAGAACAUUGAUUUUGGGUCAUAAUUUUAUAUGGGAAAUAAGUGAACAAUGUAUCAUCUCACUGGUUUCUCACUCUAUGUUUCAGUAUUGGUAAAUUAAGCAUGACAUUUUUUAUUUUACAAGAUUGUGUUCAUGUAUUUUUGUACAUUCUGGUCCUUGUUGUAUAAAUGUUAGUUGUUAAUGUAUAUUUUACUGUUUAAGUCUUUUGACUAUUCAUUAAAUUCUGUAAAUACAUUGUACAUACAUCUUUUUUCAUAGAAAUGAACUUCUGAAGUCAUUCUACGGAUAAAACGUAAUAUUAUAUUAUGAUUCUAUUUAUGAAAGACUUUUUAAGAUAAAUUAUGAUUAAGCAAUACAAUAUUUUCCCAGUUUAACUGUUGAUAGACUAUUCCCAUUUCAUUGUAAUAUCAUCUCUAAUAUUUUUUAUCUCUAGAAUGUUGGCAGCAAAAUAUAAUUUUACAUUUACAAAGUAUAAACUUGUUUCAUAUUUCCAGCCCCCCCACCCCAAAAAAAAACCUUUUGGUACAUGUAGAUGCACUGUUCGUUUUGCAAAUCUAGUAAAAGCUAUUUCUAGCAUUUUUGGCCUUUAUACUAAAAGAUUGGAUUAAUUCAUGUUCAGUAUUUAAAAGUUUUAAGAUAUGAUUGAACUGUUAUUUUUUUCUAACCUGUCCUAUUUUCUGAUUUUACUGUAGAUAGACACUUUUAAACAGAGCAUUUAAAAGCCAAUACCUUGUAUCAUCAGUCAUUUUAUCAUAAGAUUUGAAAUUUGCAAACAUUUAAAUAAAAUAGAAUUUAUUAUUUUAGAAGUACAAUGGCUUUCAAUAAAUUUGAUUGAUAUUUACCCUUUAUUAUCUGUGUAAAAAUUAAAUUGGAACCUUCUAUUUAAGGGGAGGUAAAAACUGGAUUUUACAGCAAGUCAAAAAGGUUUUACACUUUUCUUUGGUGAAUUAUCAAGAAAUCAAGAAGGGUACCCCCAUUUUGUUUUUAUUUUCUGAAAAUAAUGUCCAAAAGAAUUAUAAAUUUCUGUCAAUAAGAUGUAUUUAUCCACCAAAGAAUGAUUUCCCCUCUAUUAUCUCUGUAAAAAUUAAAUUGGAACCUUCUAUUUUUGGAAAUUAACAUGCUGACAGGGUUUUUUUUUUCAAAUCAAAUUUUGUUUAGUUCUUUUAGGAAUAUUGAAGGAAAAUCUACAGCAUGUAUUUAGCAUAUUAUAUAUAAAUAUAUAUGCUGGUUAAUCAUUUUUCAUAUUUUGUUUGUUUUCUUUCAUUUUUCAUUUCAUUUCAUAUUUUGUUUGUUUUCUUUUUAAUGGGACAAUCAUUUCCUAAGAAGUAAAGAGAUGAUAGUCUGAGCACUGUUAUCUUUAUUGUUAUAUCAUUGAUUUAAUCAAUUUCAAAAGCAACAGAUGUUUUCAUUUGUUCAUACUCUGUUAAAUAUAUUUAUUUUUUUAUGUUUGAUAUGUCUGUUUUACAAACCAAACCAACACGCUGAUCUGUUAUUGUAGUUAUUGGACGUGUACUAAUAACAGCUUGAAGUUUUAAAUGUAAAACAAAACAAAAGGAUAAAAGAGAAUAAAAUAUAAAAAAAAUAUGAAAAAAAAAUCAUCAAAUAAAGAAAAUGAUCUUUUAAAUUUUUUUACAUUUCAAUAGAUUUAUGCUUUUAAAAAAAUACAGUAAAACUGAAAUGACAUUGUCUUUUAAAUGUUGAUGUAAAUCUGAUGUGGUACAUUAAAACUAUCAGGUUUGAUUUCGUAACACUUUCAUGCUAUAUUGUUAAGUUCUUUUUUUUUUAUAAAAAUUCCUUUGCAAAAGAAAACCUAAAAUUUGCAACUAGUUUGCUUAAUACCUAAAUGUAUUUAAAACAUGGUUCAUUAGGCCAAUGCUAAUUUGGUAGAAUGUGUUGGACUUCAAGAUUUUGAAAUCAUUUCAUACAACAUAUGUUCACUUUUCUCACCAGUGUUAUUCUUGCACAUCAAUUUUACAUACCUCUUUUUCUCUGUUCUUUCAUCUUUCUAGUCAUUUUUUGUUUUUUUGUUGAAUUUGCAAUCUGUUUGUUUCUUUCACAUGUACAAUUGUUUCUAUUCUCCUGAAAACAAACUCUCAAAUAAUUUAGCUUAACAAAAAAUUGUAUUCAUUGAGAUUAAAAAUGUAAACACAAACAUUCCCUUAACCUGUCAUGAUGUUUUAUGAACUUGCAUAAAUAAUAUAAUGAAUUAAGAUUCCAAAGUAUUAUUUUAUUCUUGAAGGAAUUUUUUGCACGUUGCUUUUAAACAUUUUUGAAAGACGACCAAAGCUUUAUGGGAAUUUCUAUAAAAUAAAACUAGGAUCUAAGGUCUAUAUUAUGGAAUAAAUGUAAACAAGUAGUAAGAUCAUUUGUGUAUUUUUUCAUAUGUUUUUAGGUCACAAUUUAACUUGCUUAGUUAUAUUGGUAAUUUUUUUCCCAACUUUUUAUCUUUUGACAUUAUUAAAAGUAUAUCAGUUUAAGAAUCAGAAAGUAUUUUUCUCAAACCAUAACAUUGUAACUUGAUAAAAAUAAUGAACAAAAAAGUGACAAAAUUUUUUAUCUUUCUAAUGUUGGAUUAUACCUUCAAAGUCUUGUUCAUGGAGCAGUUCUUACUUGCAGUAAAUGAAUAGUGCUCUUGGUUUUAAUGUACAGUAACUUUGCUGUUGUAUACUGUAUUCUUGGAAUAUGACUUUCUGUAGCAUCCUCUAUAAAUCAUGCUUUUGUGAUGAAUAGAUUUGAUGGACAUUUCACAGAAGACCUUAUACAACAGUCACAAAAGUCAAACUACAUAAAAAACAGGAAGACACAUCUCAUAACACAAUUGGUUAACUAUCUAAAACAACUGCUACAAAUUAAGAUGUUUAUGGGCAAUUUGGUUAAAAAAAGAACUAUUGUUAGUCAUCAUAUAAUGACAAGCAUGCAAUAUUUCAGCCACAUGCAUAGUAAAAAUAAGGUAAACUGUUUAAAGGGUGUAAUAAUAAAGUAGAUUGAAAUUGAAACUGAUUAAGAAGAAUUAGUUUGUAAAACAGCUUAUAUAACUUUAAAUAUUAAAAUAUCUAAAAGAUGCAGAAAGUAGACAUUUGAUAAAGUCAUAUAAAUAAAUAUUUUUAUGAUUUUGAUUUCAUAUUUAGAUUUUACAAGGUAGUCCUAAUAAAUCUAUGCAAGUAUUUAUUACAAGUUGUGUCUGUUAUGUAACAAUUAUUACAAGGAGUUGAAAGUAUGUAUCCCUUUUUAUCAGGUCAGCUAGAAAAUUAUACAAAUAAUUAGAAAUGUAGUAAAAAUAUCAAUAUCUCAGUUAUCAGAUAGCUGUGUGUGCAAGGGCAUUUUAAUUAGAUAAAUUUAUAAUGCAUGUUUUAAAUGAUGCGGUCAUUUAUUUUUAAACUACUGAGAAAAUUGGUAGGGUAUUUUUAAAUAACAAAUAAUAGUUUCCUCUUCAGCAAUAGUUAUGUAAUCUCUUUUACUGCAUUAUACACCAAGUAUGUUACAUCUGAAAUAGUUAUAUUUUUUCUUUCUCAGGAAAAUCUGUAUUCAAACAGUAUUUACUACUAGGGAGUGUAUGUAGUAACCGGUGCAUUUCAUGAUUACCUAUCUUUCUCUAUUGUGUAAUGUCUUCAUCAGAGACAAUAAAUAAUAUACUGGGUUAUAA